CAGCUCACUGUUUACCUGAGUAAGAUUCACCUAAACACACAUACGCACUUGUUUUGUUUUGAUUGGUAGAAUGUACCUUUUUCUUUUCUCACUUUCUCUGACUGUAUUUAGUGUCAGCGUAUCCAGUCUGCGUGUAUAUUUGGGAAGGAGGACACAGCAGGGAGUCAAUGCCAAUGAGAUCAGCAGAAAUGUCACUACGAUCAUCGUCCACACCUCCUACGACAGGAACACAAAUAACAAUGACAUCGCUCUGCUCCGGCUGUCCUCCACGGUCACCUUCAAUAACUACAUUAGACCCGUGUGUCUGGCGGCUCAGAACAGCGUCUUCCCUUCUGGCACCAGCAGCUGGAUCACAGGCUGGGGAGAUGUUCAAUCUGGAGUGAGCCUACCUGAUCCCGGGAUUCUGCAGGAGACUAUGGUUCCAGUGGUGGACAAUGUUCAAUGUAAUACUCUGCUGGGUUCUGGAUCUGUUACCAGCAACAUGAUGUGUGCUGGUUUAAUGGAGGGAGGCAAAGACACCUGCCAGGGGGAUUCUGGUGGUCCAAUGGUGAGCAAGCAGUGUUCAGUGUGGGUUCAGUCUGGUAUCACCAGCUGGGGUUAUGGCUGUGCUGAUCCCAACGCACCUGGUGUUUACACCCGUGUGUCACAGUAUCAGAGCUGGAUCACCAACAACAUUGGGCAGAACCUGCCAGGUUUUGUCACCUUCAGCCCUACAAGCACAUGCCAGUCUGUUUCACCCACUUCUACAACCUCCCCAACUACUACUAAAACUACUACCACCCCAAAAAUGUCUACUACCUUAAGAACAGCAACAACGACUCUUUCACCCAAUCAGGCCUCAAACUCUUGUCAAAGGAGAUGUGGUGAGAGAUCUGACUUCCGCAACCGCUGCAACUGUAAUCAUCGCUGCCUCAUAAACUGCUGCUGGGAUUAUAAAAAGCUAUGCAGGUUUUAGUGGAUAACUCCUGGUUGGCAGUCUUCUAAAUGGCUUACCUGCACUUUAUCUUUUUAAAUUGUUUAAGCAUUCUGUGCAACAAUUUCAUGCAUCAAGUACAGGUUAUACUACAAAAUAUUUAUUUAAAUCUGCAAAGAACCCAUUUUAAAUUAAUUUCUUCAAAAUAUAUGUGUAAUGAAAGUCUUA